AUGACUUCAGUAUCGAUGUACCUUCUUUUACUUGUUAUGCCAUUUGUGGCAGCAAAGUCCUCUUCACAGAAUCCUGGCUGCAGGAUAAGGAUCACAUCCAAGGGGCUGCAGUUUGUAAAACAGGAGGGCCUGAAGUUUGUGGAACAGGAGCUGGAGAAUAUUACAAUCCCGGAUUUGACUGGCACUGAGGGGAGAUUCUCCUACAGCAUCAACAAUGUUCGCGUCACACACUUACAGCUCGCGCAAUCAGAACUUUUGUUUCAGCCUCACAGACAACUGGUGUUAGACAUUAGUAAUGCAUCCAUCAGUCUUAACUUCCAGAGGAAACUUCUGUACUGGCUCUUCUACGAUGUGGGAAUGAUCAAUGCAUCAGCAGAAGGAGUGCACAUUAAAACAGAGCUGGAUCUUUCACGGGAUUCAAAAGGACGUUUGAAGAUUUCCAACAUGACAUGUGAUGCGACUAUCAACAGGAUGCAAGCUGGAUUCAGUGGAACACUCAAGAGGGUAUAUGAAUUCCUUGCUACAUUCAUAACCACUGGGAUGCGAUUCCUUUUAAACCAGCAGAUCUGUCCAGCUCUCAGACACGCAGGGUUGGUCUUACUCAAUUCUCUACUUAAUACUAUACCUGUGAAGAAUCCAGUAGACGACUACAUAGGUAUAGACUACUCUCUGCUGAGUCACCCCCUUGUAUCUGAAAACAGUCUGGAUAUGGAUUUCAGGGGCAUGUUUUAUUCCCUGACUGCAGAGAACGACACAAUUCCUAACACAUCUCCAGCCCUGCACAUAAAACAGAAGGAACGCAUGGUAUAUAUUGCUCUGUCUGAGUAUUUCUUUGACUCUGCGAUGUAUGCAUACUAUCGAUCGGGUGUGCUCAGCCUGGAAAUCGCUAAUGAACAGGUGCCCAAAGACUUGGAAGUUUUGCUGAGAACAUCAUACUUUGGAAGUCUCAUGCUAUUGGAUCCUUCUGUGGCUGAGGCCCCAAUGAGGCUAGAAUUGAAGGUUUCCACCGCUCCCCGCUUUACCAUAAAGCCAACUGGAACAAGUGUCUCGGUCAACGCCAUCUUAAACAUAUAUCUGAUUCCACCAGACCAGCCCUCUGUGCAGCUGAGCAGCAUGACCAUGGAAUCCCGUCUUAACGCUAGAGUGACUCUGAAGAAGACUACAUUACAAGUUCAUCUGGACCUUAGGCGAUUCCGAAUAUACUCCAACAAGUCAGCACUGGAAUCCUUGGCGCUUAUACCUUUGCAAAGUCCUCUGAAGACCCUUUUGCAGCUGACUGUGAUGCCUGUCCUUAAUGAAAGAACAAAAGGAGGGGUCAGCAUCCCACUUCCUGAAGGGUUGGAUUUCACCAGGGAAACAACUACACAUCAUGCUGGUUUCAUUCUUAUUGGUGGAGAUCUACAUUUCUCCAAGAGUUUGCGUGAAGUCAUCGAGAAAUACCGUCCUGAGACAACAUCUCUUCCAGAAACCACCAAGGCUCCAAUGAGGCUGUCU